AUGUUGAAGAAAAAUAGUUCACUUGUUCUUAUGACCUGUUUGGUUGUUUUGCUAAUUUGUGUGAAAUCAAGUCAUGAACAUUCUCAUAUAAGGAGAAAUUUACUGAGCAACCAAACAGAUAGUUAUUAUGCAGUAAUAUUUGAUGCUGGAAGCAGUGGAAGUAGAGUUCAUGUUUUUCGUUUUAGCCAAAAUUUGGAUUUACUUCCUAUUGGUGAAUAUGGUCUUGAAGUUUUUGAUAAGGUUAAACCAGGAUUGAGUUCAUAUGAAAAUGAUCCAAAGGCAGCUGCCAAAUCAUUACAGCCCCUUCUAAUAAAAGCUGAAAGUGUUGUUCCAAUAAACUUGCACACUGAUACACCUGUGGAAGUUGGGGCAACUGCAGGCUUAAGAAUGCUAAAAGGCAAUAGAGCAGAAAGAAUUAUGCAAUCGGUGAGAAAUAUGCUGAAGAAUGAAAGCAUAUUUGAAUACAAGGAUGAAUGGGUUUCUAUCCUUAGCGGAACUCAAGAAGGUUCUUAUUUUUGGGUUAGCUUGAACUAUUUAUUAAGAACUUUGCGUAAAAGCUACCAAAAUACAGUAGCUACUAUAGAUCUUGGAGGUGGAUCAGUACAAAUGGCUUUUGCUUUAUCAAAGGAAAAUUCAGAAAAAGCUCCAAUAAAUUUAGAUGGAGAAAAAUAUGUGUUACAAAAAUCCCUCAUGGGAGCUAAUUAUUACCUUUAUGUUCAUAGUUAUUUGAACUAUGGUCUAUUAGCAUCACGAGCUGAAAUUCUUAAAGUUUCAAGAAACUCUACUAGUCCAUGCAUUUUGAAGGGCACUUAUGGUUACUACACAUAUGGGGGAGUAGCAUAUAAAGUUUCACCUUCACCAAAUGGUUCAAGUUUGAGAAAAUGCAAGGCAAUUGUGUGGAAGACACUUAAGUUAAAUGCACCAUGUAAAUACCAUACUUGUUCUUUUAAUGGUGUAUGGAAUGGUGGAGGUCUUGAUGCUAUCAAGAAUAUAUAUAUUUCAUCAUUUUUCUUUGAUAUGGCUUCUGAGGUUAAUAUUGUUGAUCCAAAAGCAUCAUCUGGCAAAGCUAAGCCAAUACAAUACCUAAAUGCAGCCAAGAUUGCUUGCAAGCUAAAAGCUGAAGAAGUAAAAUAUGUGUUUCCUAAUGUGGAUAGUAAAGAUCUCCCAUAUCUUUGCAUGGAUAUGAUAUACCAAUUCUCUUUACUUGUGGAUGGAUUUGGUUUGAAUCCUCAUAGAGAGAUUACAUUGGUGCAUGAUAUUAAUUACAACAAUAAUCGUGUGGAAGCAGCAUGGCCAUUGGGUUGUGCAAUUGACGUAGUCUCAUCAUCAUCUUCAAGGACUCACAUUUCAUCUUCUUAAUUAAAUAUUAUUUCUAAU